AACUAUUCCUCCGCUUGCCCGUACCUCUCUGGCCAACCGGUUGCUAAUUUAGCCAACCGGAGCAGAGGGAGACCUUAAGCACGAAGCAAACCGAAGUUAGGGUUGGUUUCAAAGCUCGCUCCUUACUCUCCGCAUUUAGCGCUUGAUUUCUCCGUAGAAAUUGAUUAGUUGAGACGAUUCGAUACGGAGACAUGAGCAAGCAAUCACUGAUAUACAGCUUUGUGGCGAAGGGCACGGUUGUGCUCGCCGAGCACACCUCGUUCUCGGGGAAUUUCAAUACGAUCGCCAUCCAAUGCCUCCAGAAGCUUCCCCCGAAUAGCAACAAGUUCACUUACUCCGCCGAUGCUCAUACCUUCAACUUCCUCGUUGAUAAAGGGUUUGUUUUUCUUGUUGUAGCCGAUGAAGCAGUUGGGAGGAGUGUACCUUUUGUGUUUUUGGAGCGCGUUAAAGAUGAUUUCAUGCAGCGAUAUGGUUCAAGCAUUGGGUCUGAAGAUCCGCACCCUCCUGUCGAUGAGGAGGAUGAUGAUCUAUUUGAAGAUAGGUUUAGCAUUGCUUAUAAUCUUGACCGGGAAUUUGGUCCAAGACUGAAGGAGCACAUGCAAUAUUGCAUAGAUCAUCCAGAAGAAAUAAGCAAGCUAUCCAAGCUCAAAGCACAGAUUACAGAGGUUAAGGGGAUAAUGAUGGACAAUAUUGAAAAGGUUCUCGAUCGAGGAGAGAAGAUUGAACUUUUGGUGGAUAAGACUGCGAACUUGCAGUUUCAGGCUGACGGCUUCCAGAGGCAGGGAAGACAACUUAGAAGGAAGAUGUGGCUUCAGAACCUCCGGUUUAAGCUGAUGGUGGGCUGUGCCCUUCUUGCUUUCAUACUUAUUUUAUGGUUGAUGACCUCAAAAGGUUCUUCAGGUGCCAGCAAGAGAAGUUAAAAACUCUCAUCUUUCUGCAUCAUAUGCGCAUAGGAUGGAAUAUCAAAUAUAGAAAUGUGGAUACUAUGUGAGGCUACCAUUUAUAGCUAAAUUUCAAUCAUUAGCUGUGGAAAAUCAGAAAAUAGUAGGAAGGGGCUGAUAAUAGUUGGAUUUAUAAGAGUGAGAUUUGUGAUUUAAAUGCUUAAUAGGAUUGUUUUAAGGUCUUGUACAUUUGCAAGUUCACUGGGAGUUGGAAUUUGCCAAUUUGCUGCUGCUCAAGUACUUUCACUCAGGUGAUUUUUUUG